AUGAAGAUACCAUUGAUGUGCUUCGUACUGAUAGGAGUUGUUUUUUCCGUACCGGUGAAGAAACAGCUAUCGACGGAAGAAAAAAUUGCUGGUCUCUUAGAACUUCCUUCGCUUUUAAACUUUAAAAUCAGUAAAGUAGAAUUAAUUACGUUUAUUUCUAUCAUGAUUAAAUUAUUAGUUUACGAAAUGAAUUUAACCAUUAAAAAUGCCAACCACGAUAAUACUAAUUCUCAAGAUAUAGAGAAACUACAGAAUGCGAUUGAUAUUCUCAAUCACGCUAUGAAAGAACUAAAAAGAGAAAAGAAUCGAUUUAAAAAUACAAUUAUGCAUAAAAAAAGGGACACGUCCACGCAAAAUUUUCAAAAAAAUAUCUUAACGACGCCAAGUUAUAGACAUUCACCUUAUAACAAAAACAAACUAGAACCUAUAGCGAUUUUGAAUGAAAGCGGUGAAUUGGAUCACAAUCUCGACCAAUUGUAUACAGAUGUGGUAAAUUGGUUGAAAAAUGAUCCAAAACUUUACGCAGUAGCAAGUGCGAAAAAUCAAAAUCAUUCCGGUGAAGUUACCAUUCCAAUAGAAGCUACAGUUGUAUUUAAGCAAGAGGAUACUUUAUCGCGCCAGAAAAGAUCGAAAAAUCAACAGCAAAAAUACCAGCAACGCGAAGGAUCAAAUAUUAUUAGAAAAAGAAAGGAAGAUUUCGACUUGGCAACUAUGAGCGAUGAAGAGGUAACAACGCGGCGACCGGCAAAAAUGAAAGUUUCCAAGACGAAGAAUAAGAAAAGUGAAAAGUCUCCACCUUCGCUCAUAAAUACUCUUGUUAAAACGUUUCUUUUACCCGAUAAAAAUAACGUGAUGCCAGAUAUUGCAAAUAUAAUUACACAAGUUGGUAAAAAGUAUUUGAAAUCGAAUUUUACACAGUUAACUGUUGAUGAGAAUGUAGGUAAAGAUAUAUCAGAGCCCGUUUUAAAUGAAGAAGAGAAUGAAGAAGACGAAGACAUUUCUAAUAAGCCUAAGCCCAAUAAAAAAAGAAAGAAAAACGAAAAACCUCAAAAGCAGUCAGACUUUGAUGACAUUUUCGACGACGAUGGUUUUGGCUUUGAUCAAGAUUAUGAUGACAGAAACCAGGGUUCAUUAGGUUCAUUAGCAGAUUUGAUACCAUUGCUUAUUCCAAUUCUUGAGGAUAUCAGUGAUCCCGAGUCAGACACCGAUUUGGGGGAAAUUUUAUCAGCAGCUGUUCCUUUAAUUCAAGGACUUUUGGAACCAGACCCAGAGAGUGGAGUUGCGGGACCAGAUAUCGUUGGAAUAGCGUUACCUCUUUUACAAACUUUAUUACUAGGUAAAGACGGAAUGGGCAGUGAUAGUGGGGCUUUUUUAGGACCUUUAGUUCAGAUUAUAGGACCUAUAAUUGGACCUGUUCUGGGGCCUCUUGUUGGACCUUUAUCGUCGGCUUACAGUGGAGAUGGACCAAGGGCUUUUCCACUGGGGAAAAUUCUCGCCUCUUUUUUAGGAUAUUUUAGCGAGGAAAGAGAUGGAAUGUCGAUUAUAGCAUCGCUAACAUCGUCCACCGUUGCGAUACUCAGUAAAGAGCUCAGUGGACCGGACUCGGAAAUAGACGUCGGCAAAUUGGUGAGUCAGGUGAUCACUGGCGCCUCGAGUGGAUUCAGCGCUGGGGCCAGUGGCGAAUCUAGCGCCGGCUUGAGCAACGGCCCCGGAGGUGGAUAUCCCCCGGCUGCUUACGGGCCACCGUCGACUGCCCAAAUCGCCCUGAUCGAGCCGCCGAAAAAGAAUCAACCCGCACCCGCGACGUUCAACAAUUCCAAUAAAAAACGCACGAGUAAAAGAAAGUCGAUCAAUGCGUUCCGACCGCAAUCACCGAGGCCGAAGCCGACUCCACGGCCGAGCCUCGACGACUAUGAUUCGGCCGAGGCGCAAAACUACGGAGCUUACGGACCUCCAGCGGGUGGAGGAUCGGGCGAGGGAUUUACCAAGGCAUUUCAAAAGAUCAUAGCCAGCGGAGUGAAUUUGCUCUCGGCCUUCUUGGGUCUUUCGUCGACGUCGUCCGGUACAUCGGCCGAUACAACGGGCUCGUACGGUCAGGCCAUGUACGGUCCACCGGCACCUUACCAAGGAUAA